GCAACCAACACUAUCAUCAAAAUGUACGAGCAGGCAUACGGUUCAAGAACUGGAUUACAAUAAUAGAACAUAGCAAUUGAUGUGUUUUUGAGCUUAUCGUGACUCCAGUUAAGGCUUGCAUCCGCUAUACAACGAUUGCACGGGGAAGGCAAAAGCUUACUCGAAACGGAUUACUGAGCAAGAGCCUGACUAUGCACGAUUUACCGAUGCUGACAAAAGAUUAAUUGCAGAACAUAUAGUUUACCUGUAAGAUUGCAUCUAACAUAGUGAAAAACGCGGACAAUGACGGGACGGCAGUCGAAUGGCCCGGGUGGUAGUGCAUCCGUUGGCAAACGGAGGGGCCGUCCGCCAAAAACAGCCACAUUGGAACGGGCGAAGAAGUUCCAGUAUCAUCUGGUGAAGAAGCCCAAAUAUUUGUGCAAGGAUACGCAAGAUGGCAGUACACCGUCGGCUUCACGCGCCUCAUCUCCACAUGGCAGUGAGGAGAGCCGCCCCUCCACCUCUCGGAGGACACCGGCAGCGAAAAGUACGAGAGGCAGAAAAUCGACCACCCGUGGACGUCCAAGCGGCCGUGGACGUGGGGGACAUAAUAAUUCUUCCGCCCGAAAAGCUUACUCGUACCACGAUUCGGAAUAUCAUUACGGUUCCGACUUUGGAGAUGAUAGCGACAAAAGCGAUCUCGAUGAUGAUUACCUGCGUUCCCCCAGUGAUUCUGACGAAAGUCUCGGACAUGAAUCUGAAAGUGACUUCUCGAUGACCAGCUCGAGCGGAGGGCCCGGUAUCAACGGGGCAAUUUAUCUGAAGGAUCCGAGUCCGGAUCCCGUGUGGCUGCAAGAGCGUGAAGUGCCACCGCUUGAAUUGCCGGAAUCGUCGAAGGAUCUGCUAGUGCCUACGGACAUUGUGCUCAAGUGCACGUCCAUCUAUGAAAUCAUCCGACGGUUCCGUCACCAGGUCCGCCUGUCGCCGUUUCGCUUCGAGGAUUUUUGUGCCGCCAUCUGGAGCGAAGAGCAGAGCGCUCUGCUAACGGAGCUGCAUAUCAUGCUGCUGAAGGGCAUCCUGCGCGAGGAAGAUUCACAGCAAACACAUUUCGGGCCGCUCGAUCAGAAGGACAGUGUGAACAUUGCACUGUACCUGUUGGACUGUAUUACCUGGCCGGAGGUGUUGAGAAGCUACAUCGAAAGCGAUCCCAGCUUGGAUCAGAGUGUGUUAAAGAUUCUGGCCACUACCGAGUAUCCGUACGUUCCGGCCGACGAUCGUCUGUACGUGCUGCAGUUUUUGACGGAUCAAUUUUUGGUAACGACCCAAGUGCGGGACGACGUGAUGCAAGAAGCCAUUCGGUACGAUGACCACUGUCGUGUUUGCCAUCGAGUGGGCGAAUUGUUGUGCUGUGAAACAUGUCCGGCCGUUUUCCAUCUGGAAUGUGUUGAACCACCGUUGAUAGAUGUACCGAAAGGGGACUGGCAGUGUAAUUUGUGCAAAUCGCACAAAGUGUCCGGCGUAAUCGAUUGCAUCUCGACGCAGGAAAAGCAGGGUAUGCUGUCGCGGCAGGAAAUGCUCGGAUUCGAUCGCCACGGGCGAAAGUAUUGGUUUGUGGUUCGUAGGAUUUUCGUGGAAAAUGAGGACUCAUCACAGGUAUGGUACUACAGUACGGUGAAGCAGUUCGAGCUGUUGCUCUCGAAAUUUGAUCCCGACGAGCUCGAGGCGGAACUGUACCAGGAGCUAGACCAAAAGUAUCGGGAUGAUAUCGUACGGCAGAUGACGCUUACCGAAACACUAACAAAUCAGCACAAGGGAGGAAAGAAAUCGUACUUCGAGGUUGACAAUCAGCGCGUCGAAAAACUGAUGGGACCGUCCGACAUGGAUGAGCACGGCAAGGAUAGCACUAAUGCGGCCGAUAUGGAUGGAGAAGAAGAUACCAAGGAGGGAGUGACAGGAACGGCUGCAGAGAACGGUGCUGGCGGACAGGCCAAGGACAAAGAAUCGUCCGAUGAAACGACGAUAAAGGAAGAGGAUGGCGCACAACAGUUGAAUGGUGGUGGGGGCAGCAAACAUGUGACCCGAUCGAAAACAGGAUCACUAACACCGCGCACUUUUAAUUUGGAUGAACUGAAGAAGAAAAAUCCAAAAGAAGAGCCUGCCAAUGCGGCUAGCUGUUCUUCCUCUGCAAGCACCGCUACGACGGACGGCAUCGAUCGAUUGACCCGCCAGAAAGUAACACAACUGUCGAACGGUACGCUCUACUUCAAGCUUGGCAUGGAGAAUGGGCACAAAAACUACGUCAACCAAUAUGCUGUACAUCCGAUUGCAUUGAACAAACCGCAGCGCAACGAGGAACGCGACAAGAAGAGACACCUUUCGCACAAAUUCUCACUCACGCCGGUGUCGGAGUUUAAAUGGCUAGGCGGUGGAUUGUAUGCCACUCAGCAGCAAAUCAUUACAACCAUUCGUCAAACGUUGCUCGCACUGGAGCAAGCGAUCGUGACGGCGUUCAUGCAUCAUAACUGGAACCGCUUGCGGAAGCUGUGGAUCAAUGCGAUCGGUGUGUGCACCAGCCCAAAUGAGUUUGCACGGGUGAUGUGUAUGUUCCAGACCUGUCUGCGCGGUGUGGUGUUUGCUAGCGUAUGGCACGAACAGCUAGGCCACACCAAAAUGUACAGGAUUACACUGGCCGAGCGGGAGGAAAAGAAGAAGCUAGAAAAGCGCGAAAAACGUGAACGCGACGACGAGGAAGAACGGAACAGAACAGCGAUAAAUUUCGUAAAGUAUUCACUCGGUCUGAAACACCAGGUCUGGAAGCAAAAGGGCGAAGAAUACCGCAUCCACGGACAGUGGGAUUGGGUCUGGAUGGGAAACGGGCGCCGAAGGAAGAUGGUCCCCGGGCGAACGACAAACGAAGCGGCUCACGUGGUACUUCCGGUGAUAACGCCUGAAACGCAGGAGAGAAAGGUGCAAAAGUUGGAUUGGCGAUCUUACGAAGCCUUCCUUAAUUGCCACCCGGACACCUCCGGCACCUUGUUGUUCCGGUCGGAUGAGACACCGGCUGCUGUAGAUUUCUUAACCGACAUAGACUCGUUGAACGAAAAGCUGCUGCAGAAGAUAUAUCAAAUCGAAACGUUCGAGGUCCCGCAACAGUUCUGCACAGAAAUUGAUGUUUCACGUGCUCUUUCCACACCGCAAGGGCGCAUACUAUAUCCAAAGGUGGGUCGAAAGUGUCCACUCCUGGAAGGGUUGCUGCAGCGCCGCAUCAACUUGCGCGAUGCGGAAGAGCAGCGCAUUAAGUUGGCCAAAGAGCGCCAGGAUGAGGGUUUGGGCGAACAACCGGCUGUGGUGUCGAAGACGGACGCAGCACCCAGCAAUACGACCGUCAUAACGGUGCGUGUGCUUCCACCCAGUGAGUGCAUCGAGAAGCAGUUGCAGCGCAUCAUCAACAGCCGUGGAACCGCGGGGCAAGUUAGUGCGGUUCCCAUAAAACCGCACAUUACCGCUUAUCAGCAGCAUCUCCGCAACCGGCAAUAUCGGGAAAAGUUACAGGCCUUGGUCAGUCAGACGCAAGUGUUGCGUGUGAAGUAUCAUUACGCGAAUCAGAUGUCAGCACAUAACCGGUGCUACUCGGUUUCUUGCACCAGUACCACCAGCUCGUCAUGUUACACUCCAUUGUGUCGCGAGAAGGUAGCGUUAAAGGCGAAGCUAUUCGCUCUGCUUAAGCAAAUGCAGGUGCUGGAAAUUCAGCACAACAGCACCGUACAAUCUGCGGCUACGGCUGGUGGUGCGGCCGCAACCCCUUCAAAGUCCAUCCUAGAGCAGAAGUUGACAGAGGCGAAAAAGGAGAGCUUUGAAAAUUUGCUUACAAACUUCUCUGUGAAUGUUUUCAAAUUGUUGAAUGAUGAUUUGGAGCGAUCAAAACGUACGCUUGUGGAUUAUGACGAAGAGCUGCUGGCCAAACUAACGGUGAGCGUGUCACCAAAGCAGGAAAGUGGUGAAAAUCAUGAAGAAGGUGUAACGGUGAAAGAGGAACCCGAUAUGUCUGCUGGAGGAGCCCCCGUAAUGGAUUGUAGCGAUGUAGUAAAGGAGGAAGUUGUAUGCAGCAGCGAAGAGAACGCAAUCGAUAGUACUGCUGCGAUGUUGGACGUAACCACGACAGCGUUAAUCGAAGACGCAAAACCGAUGGAUGUGGAAGAUGGUGCACCGUUGAACGAGAAUUCUAAUUCCAAUUCGCUAUCUUCGGAUGUUUCCAACGGAGAUGGAACUCGCGUUACUCGCGGCCGCGGAAGAUCAUCGCGGUUAGCAACUAAGCUCAACGAAGAAGCAGCUGCCGGCAAUGUGGCGAAGGAACAUCCCAGCCCGAUUACACCUUCCAAGCCAAAGGAAGAAGAAAUGCCAGAGAAAAAACUGGAAUUUAUGAUUCCUAUGCGACCGAAUCGUCGUUUUGCGCUACCGUCACGCAGUGCGAAAAAAGACGAAGCGGAAAUAAAGGAAGAAGCUCCGGACGGAAGUGUGCGCGUUUAUUCGGUGAGCAAUACGAAGGGAAAAAUUUAUCUCAAGAAAACGCUUCCACCGGUGGUGAAACCAAACAGCUCAGGUGCGGCCGGUGAAGGAGGAAAGCCUAAAAACGAAAUCAGAAUCCUGGGCAACGGUAAACCGCGCUAUCCGGUGGUCAAUUAUUUCCGCACGAAGAAGGCAGGCGUGUCGUCCAUAAUGGUACUGCCGCGUGGCGAACUGUUGAAGUUAGCCAAACACGGUGGACGUUUGCAAGUGACGGGUUUUCAUCAUUUGGCAAAGGCAAACACGUCCGUCUGGCCUUAUCCCUGCUCACGCCCACUGUUUAAAACAUGCUGGCAGUAUCGGAGCGUUAACCUUUCAUCGCUGGCAGCAGUAGGACUUCAGUUGCGCAUUCUCUGGACUUGCCUGCGAUGGGAUGACAUGGCCAUGAAGCCGGUGACGGCGGACGGUAAACAACAGGUGACGACAGAAUCGGAAAUCAUGUCACUGGAAUUACUUCGCCACCGGCACGUUGGAAUGUUUAACGAGCGGUUACAGUAUCUGCGCCGGAAAGUGGUCAUUCCGUUGGAGCUGCCGAAAACUGUUAGAGCAGAAGUGCAAUCCAUUCGUUCGGGACUGCGUAAAAGGAAACGGGCCGAAUCGCCACAGCAAACAGAACCGCAAGUGUCAGAAGAAUGGAUCGACGAAGACAAGCUGGAACUGUGGGAGAUUAAGCUGUACGGUGAAAAGCAGGAAAAGUUGGUAGCGGCCUCUGCACAACCGGUGACGCGGAACAGUACUGGCAAGUUGCCGUUGGGUAAUCGUUUGAACGAUUCUUCCACGACAGCUUCACCUGGUGCUGGUGGUACGAUGGUCAAUAAAUCAUCUUCCGCCGUAACCAACAAAGUAUCGCGCGAUGAAAUCAAUGAAAAGAUGGAACAGCAAUUACGCAUACAGCGGGCAGCACAUAAUCAAAAGCGAGCUUUAGAAUUGAAGCAAGAAGGUGGUGUAACUCCAAAGGGAGCCGGUAUAGUUCAACGGAAGAUUUUAGUUAAAAAUCCGGACGGUACGACAAAAAUCAUCCAGCAGAGUGUUGCGACAAACGCAUCUGGUAGUCAGCAAACACCAGGAACACCUAAACCGGACGGUCCACAAAAGGUACAAAUCAUUCGAGGGCCAGAUGGUAAAGUAAGCGUGCGUGGUUUGAACCCAGGUCAACAGCUGAUUCAAACUCCGGAUGGCAAACUGCACGUGCUGAGCAGUAAUCCCAACUCACCCAAGCAAAUGAUUACGAAGAUUGGUCAGAAGAUUGUAAAGGUUGGUCAACCGGGGACGCCCAAUUCCUCAGCCGGCGCCACAUCGACGGUUACAAGCGGUGAUGCCGGUACACCAUCCGCGCCUACCCAACACAUUCUAAACAAGGGAGUGUUGAUGCGCAGUGUAUCAUCGACACCAACGGGUGCUGCAUCGCCACAGCCGGUCAAACAGGUGGUACAGCGUCAACUGUUGCAAAAGGUACAAACCUCAAACGCACCGGCAACCGUGCAAAAUGUGCAGCAGAUCGUGUCGUCCUCCACGCCCCAAAAAAUAGUGAUCAACAACCAGAGCACGCUGCAAAAAGUCAUCACCAGCAGUGGCCAUCAACUGUUGGCCACUACGACGCCAGUGCAGAAAGUGGUGACGCAAUCGAAUUUGCAGCAGUUGCUGCAAGGCACACAGCAUCAGGGCGGUCAGAAGGUGAUCGUCGAACCGACGGCAGCAGCUGCAGCAGCUGCUGCUGCGGCAGCCGCAUCGAGCACCGCUCAAUCACCAAUGCCCACGCAAAAAGUGUUACUGGCUACAACGCCCGGUCAACCGACGGUUACCAAACAAAUAUUGAUACAAAACACGGCCGGUGUUGGUGGCACACCACAGCAAAUCAUCAUCAACCACGGUGGUCAGAAAAUGGUUCAGCAAAUAGUUGCAUCGCCCGGGCAGCAGAUAAUGAUCGGCGGUCAACGGAUUAUUCUAAACAGUGGUCAGAAGCUUGUGAACAACACUCCGCUGCAGAUUCAAACGCAGCCGACCGUCGUUUCGGUGGCUGGUGGUGCACAGUUGACGACGACAGGGACGAUGCAACAGAUUCAGAAAGUACAACAAAUCAUGACGGCAGCACAACCGGCUGUUGCCACCACUACCUUACAACCACAGCAGCAACAGCAGCAGCCAACUCAGCAAAUACACUUUCAAAUUCAGCAGUCCCCCGGUAUGCAGGCCGUUGCCACAUCCUCUCAGCCACAGCAACAAACCGUGGCUAUCAGUCAGGUGCAAAGCUUGGCCCAACAGCUCUCUACCGGUAAAUUGCAGCUGGCGAAUGUCAAUGGACAGCAGGUGCUGCUGCGACCGAUCAGCAACAAUCAGGCACAGGUUGUUGCACAUAUUAAGGCUCAACCGAACGGCACGUCACAAAUUAUUCCUGUCGCUAACUUAACCGACCCUGCCCAGGCACAGCAGCAGCAACUACAACAACAGUUGCAGCAGCAGCAGCAGCAACAACAACAACAACAACAGCAGCAACAGCAACAGCAACCACAAUUGAUACAGCAGCAGAUUAUACAACCAGCCGUUCAACAAGUAAUGCAAGCAACAACAGACAUGAAUAGUGUUGUUUUGCAACAGCAGCAGCAACAACAACAAAUUAGCAAUUCCGUGGAACAAUCACUGUUACAAGGGCAGCCCCCAGGAACGGUAAUUAAAUGUGUUACGGCACAGGUGGUUCAUACUGGCCAAGGACCCAGAAUCGUUUUACAAGGACUGCAGGGCAGCGAUUUUACACCUCAACAAACUGCACUAGUACAACAGCAGGUCAAACAACAAUUGCUAAGAGUGCAAGAAUCAAACGGGCGGCAAGGUGGUAUGAUUGGUCCAACAAAAAUCUACCUAGCCAUUCAACCAGCCCAGAACGCGGUAGCGAACGCCGGUGUAGUAGCAAGCCAGCCACCACCAUUGACGCCGGUGCAAAUAAAGCACGAGUCGGGAUCAGGAACACCGAUACAGAUACACCAUCAAGAAAACACCACGGAGACGGUUGCCGUAAUGGCUGCAACAGAGGACACUACGGGCAAUAAUACUACGAUACCUGCUGUUCCGAUCAUUGCCGGAACUAACACCAAUAGUUCGGUCGUCGAUGACGGGAAACCUCGCAUCCUUUCGAACAUCAUCAUCAACGGUGCCAAUAACAAUGCGACCGGAAUAAACCCCCUGGUCAAGAAGGAGCUGAUCCAGAAAGUGAGCAACAAUCUGAACAAACAGCAGCAGCAGCAGCAGCAGAAAAUACAGCAACAGAACGUACAGAUAGCAGAGGCUGAGUCGUCCGAUGAUACGGCCGCGCGGCUCUUGAAGGAUGUGGCAAACGAUGGAAAGGAGCUGGAAGGAGACGAAGGCAACGAAGGGAAGAAUUCGUUCGUCGUGACACCGGAUUACAUUCAGCAGUUGAUAAACAAUGCCCGCAAGCAAGGAAAUACUCCAGAAAUAGAGGAAAAGCUACUGAACUUACAGCGCUACCACGAAAAGAACGCUAAACCUGAAGAUCGUCCCGAUCGUACAAUUGCACUGCAGCACAACUACAGCAACAUGACCGGGAACCGUAGCGAGUCGCACAGUAACACCAGCCGUACGCGCAAGCGUACGAAUCCACGUGUCGAUGAUGAUGACGAUGAAUGGCAGAUGGACACACCGAAGCGCUCGCGUCCAACAAAAACCACCUCGGCCGCCGGUGGAAGCGGUGGCAACAUAUCGUUCAGUCCGGGAUCAAGCAGCCGGGAGCGUAAACUUUCCAACAAUGAAAAUCAUGGCAGUUCGCCGAGCAAAAGACGCACAGCGGCGACAACGAACCGUCAGACGCACGAAUCACCAACCGCCGCAACGACGGUUCUGUCGUCUGCGGAUGUAAAACCCGAUUCAGCUUUGUCGACUGGGCGGAACAGGAAUGCGGACAAGCGGAAACAAAACACGGUGACCGGUGAUGGUUCUUCGGGUGGCAAUGUGGCCAUUAGUUCCCUGGGCACUGCUCAUUCGCCGCAGCAACAAAGCCCACAGCAGAGGCAGUAUAAAUUGCAGGCACAAUUGAAUCGUCACAAGGAACAGUUAAAGAAAGACAUUCUCAAGAAACGAUCUCAUCUCGAAAAGGAAUUGCAGGUACAGAUACAAAAGGAACUCUCCGUCGAGCUGCAGUCGGCUUCUGGCACCACAAAUGUCCGGGCGGCAUCAGCGGCAGGUGGAGGAGUGGUGUUGGCAGCGGAAGCUGGUACGACCGCAUCUCUCCAACAGGCGCAGCAGCAGCAGCAGCAGCAACAACAACGGAACAGUUCGCUACAAUCAUCACCAACAUUCGAGUCGAUCGUGUCCAAUGCGGACGAUCAUGGGGAAAAUGAACAGCUGGUGCCGCCCGGUCGUGGUAGCUCGAAGCAAGCGACGGAUAAGAGUUCCUCAACAUCAACCACAGCCACCACAAGCCGUAGAAGAACGGUCGCUGGAGCAAAUGCGGCAAAAGAGCAGCAAUCCAACACACCAGCCCCUGGCAAUAGCAAACGGGGUCAAAAACAUGCCACACCAGCAGGUGCAAAAUCUGGAAACACCCGAUCGGCGGGAGGCCGUGGUUCGGGUCAAGCGAAAAGAAAUGCGAAAAAGAAUAAUAAAGCUCAAACACAUUGCAUCUGUCAGACGCCGUAUGAUGAUUCAAAGUUCUAUGUCGGUUGCGAUCUGUGUAAUAAUUGGUUCCAUGGGGAUUGUGUCGGUAUCAGCGAGGAAGAGUCGAAGCGAAUCACAGAAUAUAUCUGCAGUGAAUGUAAGCACGCUAGGGACACCCAGGAGCUGUACUGUCUCUGCCGACAGCCAUAUGACGAAUCUCAGUUUUACAUUUGCUGUGAUAAGUGCCAGGAUUGGUUCCACGGACGCUGCGUUGGAAUACUGCAGUGCGAGGCAAACAACAUCGAUGAGUACAGUUGUCCAAACUGUCAGAUGAACAAUGCAAUUAAUUUUGCCAACAUGAAGACGCUAAGCAUGAGGGAGUUUGAGAAUCUGAAGAAACUGAUCAAACAAAUUCAGCAACAUAAAAGCGCUUGGCCAUUUAUGGAGCCGGUCGAUCCGAACGAGGCACCGGAUUAUUAUCGUGUGAUAAAAGAACCAAUGGAUCUGCAAAAGAUUGAAACAAAGAUCGACAACAAAAUCUAUCAAACACUGUCCGAGUUCAUCGGCGACAUGACGAAGAUAUUCGACAACUGUCGGUACUACAACCCGAAGGAGUCGCCAUUUUUCCGCUGUGCCGAAAGUCUCGAAUCAUUCUUCGUGCAAAAGAUCAAAUACUUCCGCGAGCAUCUCAUCGAUCGUAACGAUGAGUUAGUGGGUGCCGGCGGUGCACUCCCUCCAGCUGCUGCUGCUGCUGCAGCACCGGGAACGUCUGCUGUGACCGCAACAGCGUAGUCUCGUCCCUCCAUUCUGUACAACUAUCUACAGAAUGGUUAGCUGUUGCCGUGCAGACCGGGGUGCGAUAGUGUAUAGGUUUAAACAUAAUUUAAACCCAUUUUAAAUUAUUUCUCCCGGGGUAUUAGACAACGUUACAACCUGUUCUAUGUAACCUGAUCCUGGACAAAAGAAUGGAUGAGUCAUAUUAAUAUUAUCCAACGUAGAAUACAUUUAAUUUAACCAAACCCCACGAGAUUUUAAAACAACGAUAUCAGUCUGUUAAUAAGCAAAACUGGGUUCAGAUGUGUGGGGAAGAGGGCAUGGGCCGGUUCCCAAAAAUAGACUCGUCGGGGUGUAAAAGGCAUGAGGUUUAAAUUUUCUGAGUGGACAGAGCCGCCCCUAACGACACGAACAUUUCACUUUUGUCCAGUAUACAUACACGUGUAUAGUUUUUCCACCGAUUUCUUUGAGAUGCAUAUUUUAAUGUAAAUAUGUCGAAUUAAGUCCACGAUGGCAAGGGAUUACGCAUGAUAACUAAAAAGAUUAUAAGAAAGUUCAAUGCAUGCGUGUGUAUAGGUGAUAAAAUUUAAGCGCACAAUUUAUGGUUCCAUUCGAUAAUGAUUAAAUACCGCCAGCUGCUAUAGAAGGUAGAUGUUUACCUAUAUUUACUUUAGAUUUAUUCCUUUCUCAUUUAUUUUUAACCAGUUGUAGCAGUAGAGGAAAAUAGCCGAAAGAACGAAUAUCCAUUAAAAAGUAACAUUUUUACUGUGGAUGUAUCAAAACACAAAUCACAAACACACACACUUGUUUAUGGCCUGCGGAUUGCGUGGAAAAAAAAACACGUGCAUACUUUGAACUUGUAAAAAAGGUAUAGUUGCAUAGUAUUAUUCUUCUUACACAACCUGUAUCAUUUAUUGGAGAAAUCGUGAAUUUUUGUUACUUUAGGAAUGGCAAAUGUAGAACCUAGAUUAAAAUAAGCUGUACACGCGCGCAACGGCGCCGGCGAAAGAGGCCCCUAUGAUAUAUUGAACUUGCAAAUAAAUGUAAGAAUCUGGACAGGAUUUUUAA